AUGGGAAUGCCUAUGCACGUCCACUCGCUGCCGCCGCCGGUCACGAAGAUGACGCCGCCGCUGCCGGCCACGAAGAUGAAGAUCACGUCGCCGCUGCCGGUCACGAUGGGCGCGUCGUCCACAUCGAGACGCAUCAUAGAGCACGUCACCAGGACGUUCAGCUUCGAGGUGACCAACUACCUGCAGCUCAAGGACGCGGGCUUCCACGCGCGCGUCACUUGGCCCGUCUUCAGCUUCGGCGGCCACGACUGGCAGAUCGCCUUCUACCCGGACGACGAGGACGGCCACGCCUCCUCCUACCUGCGUUAUCUCGGCCCAGCCAAGGAGGUGAGGGCCAAGUUCACGCUGAGCGUGCCGGGGAACGAGGGCCAGCCACCGCUAGUCCGCCGCGACACGCCGGAGCGCGUCUUCACCCCGGAACACCGCCGGAGAACAAGCCAGGGCUUCCUCAAAUUCGUCGCCAAGUCCAAGCUGGACGAACUCGGAGACGGCCGCUUCACGAUACGGUGCGUCCUCACCGUCGUCAGGGACAGGGCCGUGUCUCCGCCGCCACCGGAGCUGCCCGGCCUCGAGCGCAUGCUCAGCGAGGGGACAGGCGCCGACGUCACGUUCCGCGUGGGCGGUCGGGAGUUUCGCGCGCACCGGUUCCUCCUGGCCGCGCGGUCGCCGGUCUUCGGAGCACAGCUCUUUGGCCCCAUGCCGAAGAAGGGCACGCGGCGCGUCGUCGAGGUCGUCGGCGUGGAGCCGGCCAUCUUCCAGAUGCUCCUUCACUACGUCUACACGGGCUCGCUACCGGUGUGCCGCGACGAAGGUGGGUAUGACGCCAUGGUGAUGGAGCCCUGCUGGUCGCCGCAGGCAAGUAUGGGCCGGAAAAGUUGA